GGCGCGCAGAGCCUGGCGAGCUCGCGCUUGGAUCCGUGCUGGAGCCGGCCGGCGCGUAGGGCGUCUUGGAUACGCGGGUUUUGGAGCUUCGGUGGAGUGGGGACCGCCGAGGCAGUAGCUGCGACUACGGAUCCAGAUGUACACAGCAGAUGUGACAGCCAGGCUGGAGUCCUUGGAGAUGAAGGUCUGGAGCUGGGACCUCUGGUCACGGGCGUGAAUGGGGGUCUGAACCAGGCUGCCCACCCCAAGAACAUGACAACAGCUCAGAAUGGCCAUGGGCAGGGUGCCACGGCCACUUGUUCAGUCUCCAACCUGAAGGCCCCCAAAAUGGUGACAUCCUCAGCAUGUCAGAAUGGAAGCUGCAAAAGCAGCCCAAGCAGCGACCCGGAAGCCGCGGAAACCAGGCUCAGCCCUUCCAAGCUGGUGCGUCUUUUCUCGGGGAAUCGGAAGAGGAUGAACGCCAACCCUGAGAGGCCCCGCUCGGUGGUCCUCGUGGGGAAUUCUUCCACGUGGAAUGCCCUGGCCUCCUUCCGUAAAAUGGGAUCUUUUAAAAGAUUGAAAUCCUCUGUCCUACAAGGAAUUCAGAACCGGGAGGGGGGAGAUGUUUCAAAGGAAGAACCAGCAGGAGACCCGGGAAGGGCUGCUCCCAAUGGCACCAUCGGCAUCCUGGGAAAGGGCCUGGGCAGGUGCCCAUCCUUGGUGCCUGCAGGGGAUGGGACCGGGUCCGAAUGCUCGGACCCUGAGGAUACAGAGGAUGCCUUCCAGAGGAGCACGCACCGCUCACGCAGCAUUCGCAGAGCCUAUGGCCUGGGCCGCAUCAGCCUGCUGGACCUGGGGCGGCAGGCAGCACCGGAGCCCGCCCUGUGCGAGAUCCACGUGAGCGACCCUGAGCCCAUCCCUCUGCCGCGCAGAAGCAAGAGCAUCGACAGCUUGAGCAUCCUGAAAAGCUCCUUCAAGCGCAAGUCUGCGUCCAACCUCACGGAACUGAUGGGCGACAGGCAGGUUCCCCCCAGGACCCUGAGCAGCUCAUCCACUGACUCCGAGAAGCCAGGUGGCUCCCAGAGAAGGACCAGACGCUGGAGGAGCCCCAUCAGGGCCAAGGACUUCGACCGGGUUUUAAGACUGGUGAGCACCGUCAAGGAUGCAGCCUGGAAGAGGGAGGCCUCCAGGAGUAUGGCUCCUAGCCCGGGCCCUGGCCCAGGGGAUGUGAACCCGCCACUGGGGUCACGCAGCAGGCUACACGAUGACUACUCGCGCCGCACCAGCAGCAGCGCGGAGCCAGAUGCCAGGCGUGGUGACCCUUUAUCCACACCCUGUAUCCCUGCACCAUGCGCGGCCACGCCCAUCGUAGCUCAAGGACCCCACCUGGAUGUGGACACUGCAGUCUUUCCCCUGGAAGCCAAAAGCACGCAGGCCCUGGGGAAUGAUGAACCUAGUGCCAGUAGCCCCUCACCAAGUCUCACAGACCCAGAGGGGUCGAGCCAAGCCUCCAGUGAGGCAACUGCUGGCAGCCAGCUUCCCUUGGACCCUGUACAGCUUCCCACCCCUCUGAGGCCCACCACGCCCAAACCCCAAAGCCCUCAGAGCCCAGGGAGUACUAAAUGCCCUAGCCUAAGCGUGCUGUCCCUCAGCUCAGCAGACAGUGAAGAAAGGACUGAGGAUGCUGCCCACAGGCAACCAGGACCAGUGUCCCUCCAGGAUGCCGGACGAACCGCGUCUGGUGGUGAGGGAGGAGAAAGUAGUGACAGCUGUUUGCCCGCGACUCUCGAUGGGGCCGCCAAUCCGGAAGAGAGGAAGGAGGAGGUGGUGAAUGAGGAUGACUGGCAACAGGGCUCAGCCCAGGAGGAGGAGCAGACCGAGGCGGCCCGCGUCUCCAGGAGGAGAUGGGGCUCAGGAAGGCGCACCCGGCCACGGCCGCUGUCUGACUACGGCCAGCUGGCUAGCCGAAGCUUGUCCAUUCCUGAAGAUGCCAUUGCUGCAGACCCUCCAGGUGACGACCAUGUGGACAGGAUGCAGCCGUCAAGAGUGACCACCACUGGCCAGGACCCAUGCGCCCCCUCAGGCUGUUCCAGGGCGGGCUGGAGGAGGCGACCUAUAUCUGUGAUUGGAGGGGUCAGCUGCUAUGGCAACACCCAGGCAGAAGAUGUGGAGAACCUCUUGGUCCAACCAGCAGCCAGGCCUCCCGUGCCUGCACACCAGGUCCCACCCUACAAGGCUGUCUCCGCCCGCCUCCGGCCCUUCACCUUCUCCCAGAGCACUCCCAUCGGGCUGGACCGCGUGGGGCGCCGACGACAGAUGAAAGCAUCCACCGUCUCUUCAGAUGGAGGUGCAGAGUCUUCGGCCUUAGUGGAUGACAAUGGCAGCGAGGAGGACUUCAGCUAUGAAGAGCUCUGCCAGGCCAACCCUCGGUACCUGCAGCCAGGCGGGGAGCAGCUGGCCAUCAACGAGCUCAUCAGCGAUGGCAGCGUGGUCUGUGCAGAAGCACUGUGGGACCAUGUGACUAUGGAUGACCAGGAACUGGGCUUCAAGGCUGGGGAUGUUAUCCAGGUCCUGGAAGCCUCUAACAAGGACUGGUGGUGGGGCCGGAAUGAAGAUAAAGAGGCCUGGUUCCCUGCGAGCUUUGUGAGGCUUCGAGUUAACCAAGAGGAGCUGCCCGAGAGCUGCAGCAGCUCCCAUGGGGAAGAGCAGGAUGAAGACAGCAGCAAGGCCCGCCACAAGCACCCUGAGAGCCAGCAGCAGAUGCGCACCAACGUCAUCCAGGAGAUCAUGAACACCGAGCGCGUGUACAUCAAGCACCUCAAGGACAUCUGCGAGGGCUAUAUCCGACAGUGUCGUAAGCACACGGGGAUGUUCACGGUUGCGCAGCUAGCCACUAUUUUUGGAAACAUCGAAGACAUUUACAAAUUCCAAAGAAAGUUUCUGAAAGACCUUGAGAAACAGUACAACAAAGAGGAACCUCACUUAAGCGAGAUAGGAUCCUGCUUUCUUCAGCACCAAGAGGGCUUUGCCAUCUACUCUGAGUACUGCAACAACCACCCGGGUGCCUGCGUGGAGCUGUCCAACCUCAUGAAGCAGAGCAAGUACCGGCACUUCUUCGAGGCCUGCCGCCUGCUUCAGCAGAUGAUCGACAUUGCCUUGGAUGGCUUCCUCCUCACGCCCGUGCAAAAGAUCUGCAAAUACCCGCUGCAGCUGGCCGAGCUGCUCAAGUACACCACACAGGAGCACAGCGAUUACAACAAUAUCAAGGCAGCCUACGAGGCCAUGAAGAAUGUGGCCUGCUUGAUCAACGAACGCAAGCGCAAGCUGGAGAGCAUUGACAAGAUUGCCCGCUGGCAGGUGUCCAUCGUAGGCUGGGAGGGCCUGGACAUCCUAGACCGAAGCUCCGAGUUGAUUCAUUCGGGGGAACUGACCAAAAUCACCAGGCAGGGCAAGACCCAGCAGCGGAUCUUCUUCCUCUUCGACCACCAGCUGGUGUCCUGCAAGAAGGACCUGCUGCGCAGGGACAUGCUGUACUACAAGGGCCGCAUGGACAUGGACGAGGUGGAGCUUGUGGACGUGGAGGACGGGCGGGACAAGGACUGGAACCUCAGCAUGCGGAAUGCCUUCAAGUUGGUCAGCAGAACCACAGAUGAGGUGCACCUGUUUUGCGCCAGAAAGCAGGAAGACAAGGCCAGGUGGCUGCAGGCCUAUGCCGACGAGAGGCAGCGGGUACAGGAAGACCAGCAAAUGGGAAUGGAAAUCCCAGAAAAUCAAAAGAAACUCGCCAUGUUGAAUGCCCAGAAAGCCGGACAUGGGAAAUCUAAAGGCUACAGCAGCUGCCCCGUGGCCCCGCCCCACCAGAGCCUGCCGCCCGUUCACCAGCGCCACAUCACCGUGCCUACCAGCAUCCCGCAGCAGCAAGUCUUCGCCUUGGCCGAGCCCAAGAGGAAACCGUCACUCUUCUGGCACACUUUCCACAAACUAACCCCCUUCAGAAAAUGAAUCUCACUCAGGGUGUGCCUCUGAGGUCUGUGGGGAGGAAGGCCAGGUUCGUCUCUUCGGUGUGGUGUCCAGUGUGGUGCUGCACACUUCUUUGGGAAUCAGUGACGAGGAGAAGGAGUUGAACUCAUCUUUGAUCUUGAGAGGCCAUGAUGCCCUCGUGGAAAGAAGGGCACCGUGAAGCACUGCUCUGUCCUACACUGGAAGCCGAGGUGCACACUCUCGGGUGGCCGGGAUGUGGGGACCAGGCUUCUCUCUGCAUGGGGACAGCUGACCCAGUGGUCUUGUGAGUUUACCACUGAUGGUCACACCCCUGUUGCAGUUCCAGACAGUUCCAAGAGCCUGUCAGUCCCUUGGGAACAACUAGAUUAAGGAUGU